CGAGGAAGAGGAGACGACACUUUAGUGCUGGUUUCGGGAUCGGGACAGCAAGAGCUCGAAGAUGACUUCAAAAACGAUCGUUCGUCUGGUGAUCGCCUGCGGCGUGAUCGCGGUCGCAAACUCCUUGAGUACCUAUCAACGUUUCACCGGAUCAGGUCAAAGCAAUCAAUUAGACCAGAGUUCCUCGAGGAGGGAGCAAGCCUCGCAGGUAUCUUGCCCAGAGAAAAAUGGUCGGUUCCCAGUUCCUAGCCAUUGCGACGCCUACAUAGAGUGCAUCGACGGAAUCCCUGAGGAGAAGUUCUGCCCCGAAGGUCUGCUGUUCAAUCCAGAAGCCAGGUUUAACUAUCCUUGCGGCUAUCCCAUAGACGUUGACUGCACUGGCAGGCCAUCUCGCCAGCCAGCACAGCCAACAGAAGACUGUCCCCAUCAGUAUGGCUAUUUCAAGAUCGGGGAUCAACAACAUUGCGGUCAGUUCAUGAACUGUGCCGACGGAAGGGGUUACGUGUUCGAUUGUCCAGAAGGGUUGGCUUUCAAUUCUGAAAGUUACCGUUGCGAUUGGCCCGAUCAAGUUCCCGACUGCGACGCAGAAGCUUUUCUCGGCUUCCGGUGCCCGGAAGUGAGGGACACGUUCUUGAGCAGCCCCGAAUUCUAUCGCAGCUCGACCGAUUGCCAGCAUUAUUACGUUUGCGUGAACGGUCGACCGCGAUUGCAAAAUUGCGGCGAAGGAAACGCGUUCAACGACUUGAUCCACGCAUGCGACGCCGCAGAAAAUGUCACUGGAUGCGAACCACCGGAAACGUCCAUCCUGAGUCAACGAUCGAAGCCGCUGUUUUAAAUGUAAGCUGUCCAAAUACGAUACACUCUGGAAUAUCUGAGAUACCUAAUCAACGAGUAAUAAUUAAGAUUCUCAGAAGUAGUUUAUUCGUCUGCACGGUUCAAUUAAAAAGAAAAUCGUAUAAAAAUUAGCAGGGUCCCGGUGUCGAGGAAACAAAACGAUGAAAUUGUACGAUGCUAAACGAUAAAAUAAAAUGGUGCGCAGAUUGUUAAGUAUUUAUGAAUUUGUCGCGUCGAUGGAUGUAUCAUUUUAUUAUUAUUGCUCAGCAAUUUAUCCUGCAAACGAAGAAAAACAUGAUGCCAUAGACAACAAUGUAUAUACUUACGUUUAAGUAGAUCUAUUGUAAUAAUGAUGCACUUAUAGUUAGUACAAACAUGUAAAACGAUUAGGUACGUAAAUAAAUCGAUUGGAAAAAG